GUGGCACGUACACCAGCUGGCCCCCAGGUUGCCAUCCCAGGCCGCAAGUUUUGUUGCCUUCCUAUGCGGACAGCACUAUGCAUGUUUCUGUCUUGUUAGCGUCACUUGGGCACAAAACAAUAGGAUUUGACCGAUUUUGAAGCACAGAAACUCAUUCUGGUGAGGUCUGUGGGGCCCGUUACAUUGUGUGGUUAUAUACAUGUAUGCGGCACUGGUUGGCCUGGAGGAUGCGAGUCCCAUGGGACGUAUGUCAGCAUCCACCAAAGUCAGCUGAGCUAUUGCAGUUCAUGUUAUCCAUGGAUGCUUUAUUGUCAUUACAUCUUCUGUGCUAUUAUAAUUAAGUCUUCUAUGCAUAAAUUUUGAAAGUAGAUGGUAAAUAAGAAACUUCCGUUUGAAAUACGGGUUUGUAACCUCAACAUGAGUAGCAGCCUGCAGGGAAAUGAGCUGUUCUUGCUGUUGUAUACCGAAAAAUGCUGUGAAACACAUACACAGGAUGCAAGUGGCUGUUGCAUGUGAGGAAAGACAGGAUUUGCCCUGAUGAGAAAGAUGCUUUCGAUACCAUUAAUAAAAAGAUGCAAAUGCUGCAUUGCUGAGUAAUUUUGAGGUGUUCCAGUUACUUACUGAUCUUAAGCAGCAGCGCAAAGAGAGCGGAAAGAACAAGCAGAGCUCUGGUCAGCAGAAUCUGAACACAAUCAUGUAUGAAACGCUGAAGUACAUCUCAAAAACACCCUGUAGAUACCAGAGUCCUGAGACCGUGAGAGAGUUCCUGGCAGCAAUGAAAGGCCACAAGCUCACCAAGGCAGAAAAGCUGCAGUUGCUUAACCACAGGCCUGUGACAGCAGUUGAAAUACAGCUGAUGGUAGAAGAAAGCGAGGAAAGGCUAACAGAAGAGCAGAUUGAGUCCCUUCUCCAAACAGUCACCAGUAUUCUUCCAGGGGAUUCGGAAGGACAACAGAGAGACUCGGCAAUGGCAACCGACAGCAAAGGUGACCGAGCGUAGGAGGCGUCCAGGCCAAAGCUGGCAACAAUUCCAGCAGAAGAGAAUCAGCUAAUAUUUUUCUGGUUUUUACUUGAUACCAGUUUAAUCUUGUAUUGGGCAUCGUUGUAAAAUGUAUUACAAUUUUUAUUACUCGGAGGUGAUGAGGGACGCAAUUGUUGACAAGAAAGCAUGGAAAGGGACACUGUUGUGUUGGCAUUUUGUCCUGAACAGGGAUGGUAGUAACUGGGUUUGUAAUGUAGCAGUCUGAGAAUUUAUGGGGCACAGAAUCUGAAGCUUUUGUGUUUUUUCGAUUACCCAUGUAACAGCUGUACGUUUGAAUAGGCUUAUAUACAGCUGGCGAUGUUUUCAUUAUCGCAGCAGUACUAUAAUUAUAAUUGCUUUCAUAUGCUUUUGAAUUGCCCAACUGGUUUUCAGAAUACGGUCUACAAUAGAAAGCCAACUUUUGGAGCUGUUUGUGAAAGGGGCUGUUCUCAGGGAUCAGAACAUACAGGGAUGUACCAGAACUGCUUGGUAUCUGGCCGGAGGAUUUCAAGCAGGCUGCCGGCAUUGUGGAAUUCGAGAGGAUGUGUUGGCAGGGUAACUGUUCUCAGGGAUGUCUGACAGUCCGUACUUGAUAAAAAAAGAGAUCUAGAUCAUCAGCUAAAUCAACACAUUGCCGCUGAAAUCAGCCGAGCCAGGCCACUUUACAGCACUUGAGGCUCUGGACUCAAACGUUAAGGCUCUUAGUAAUAAGCAGAAGAAAAUUUAGGCAUAAGGUGUGUAAUUUCCCUUUGAACGUUUGUGCCGGUAUUUAUCUAUAGACAAGUCACAGUCUUGGGAACGUGCUGUCGAGCGUGGAAUAAAUGAAUGAGUCAACGCCGAAGUGAAGCCCUGAUCUGGUUUAGAAGAAUGAGAAUCUGUCCUGGUUGGAGCGGAAUGUUUUGUGUACUGAGCUUUUGUCUGAUUAAAGAUUUCAGGAUCAAGUAUUUAAUGUUGAAAGCAUUGAUGAUUAUAAUAAAUCUUCUGUGUGUAUAUACAGUAAGUCGUGAGUUACACGUGGCACUGGUUUUAUACUGUGACUGCAGACCAUUCUUUUAUAAUUAUUAUAAUAUUCUGGAAAUAGAAAUAAAGUUUGAAU